AUGGUAUAGAUACAAAAACUUCACAAACGAAUGUAAUAAUGGCUUCCUUUCUAAUCAUUAUAUCAGCAGCCCUCCCUCUAUUCCUCAUCUUCAUUCUUUCAAAAUUUAGAAACCCUAGAUCAAAACUUCCACCAGCCCCACGUGGACUUCCCAUAAUCGGAAAUUUGCACCAGCUCGACACCUCCAACCUCCCCGACCAUCUAUGGCAACUAUCCAAACGCUACGGCCCACUCAUGUCCCUGCGCCUGGGUUCUGUCCAAACGCUCGUUGUUUCUUCAGCACGAAUGGCCAAAGAGGUCUUGAAAACAAAUGAUGCGAUCUUUUGUAGUAGGCCUGUUCUUACAGGCCAAAAGAAGAUCACGUAUGGCUACAAAGGUUUGAUUUUGACGCCUUACAAUGAUUACUGGAGAGAAAUGAGAAAGAUUUGCACUCUUCAUCUAUUCACUUCCAGAAGGGUGCUUUCGUUUCGUGGUGAUCGUGAAGAAGAAGUCAUGUUCAUGAUCAACAAAAUAAAAUCCCAAAUCGUCACUUCUUCUUCUUCUUCAUCAGAAGUAGUGGUGAAUUUGAACGAGAGUGUGAUGACUGUUACAAGUAUGAUAAUUUGUAGAAUGGCUUUCGGUAAGAGAGAUGGACCAGAAAUGAGUCGGUUUCAUGGGCUUCUUUUGGAGUGUCAAGCGGUGUUGGUGCACUUCUAUUUUAGGGAUUAUUUUCCAUUGAUGGGAUGGAUUGAUCAUCUCAACGGGAGCAUGGCUAGGCUUGAGAAGAAUUUCAAAGAUAUGGAUGCGUUCUACCAAGAACUUGUGGAUGAGCAUGUUAAUUCCGAGAAUAGGCCCAAGAACAUGCAACACGAUAUCAUUGACAUCUUGCUUCAGCUCAAGAAUGACAACUCUUUUUCACUCGAUCUCACUUUUGAUCACAUCAAAGCAAUAGUCAUGGAUAUCUUCUUGGCAGGUACGGAAACGAGUGCAUCUGUAGUUGUAUGGGCGAUGACUUUACUCAUUAAGAACCCGAAAGCUUUAAAAAGGGUUCAAGAAGAGGUCAGAAAUGCAGUAGGCAAAAAAGGAAAGAUCGAUGAAGAUGACUUACCAAAACUCGACUACUUAAAGGCGGUAAUAAAAGAGUCACUUAGAUUAUACCCGGCUACACCGCUCUUGGUCCCGCGAGAAACAAGUGAUAUAUGUGUUUUAAACGGAUACGAGAUUCCUAAGAAGACUCUGGUUUAUGUGAAUUCAUGGGCCAUUGGGCGAGAUCCGGAAUAUUGGGAAAAACCAGAAGAGUUUGAGCCAGAGAGGUUUUUGGGUAGUAGCUAUGAUUACAAAGGGACGGAGUUUGAGUUUAUCCCAUUUGGUUCGGGUCGAAGAGGAUGCCCGGGAAUGUCAAUCGGAGCUACCACCAUGGAAUUGAUCCUUUCGAAUCUUCUUUACACUUUUGACUGGAAAUUACCAGAUGGGAUGAAGGGAGAGGAUGUAGACACCAUGACAACUCCUGGGCUCGUUCUCCACAAGAAAAAUGUACUUUAUCUUGUUGCAGUUGAUAAUAAAAUAGAUCCAAAUAAUUAGGUUUCAUAAGGAAUAAAUAUAUUUGUUUUAAAAUAUCGUUCCUUUAGUUCUACAACAAAGUGAAAAGAUUUAAUUUCUCAAGUGAAAAA